AUGACUGUGGUCUUAACCUCGGUGCUCCUGGUCCUCCUUUCCGUGCUGCAGGUGCGACCUGUUAUUGAAGAGGCGGGGGCUGGAGCUGCCAGCGCCCUCUUGUUGGGUGCAGUUCUCAGCGUCACAGGCACCUGUGCUGGCUUGGGGAUAUGCACGGAUGAAGAAGACUUUUCUAAAAACCAGAAUGUGUCAGAAAACAACAAUUCGAUUAGGAGCAGAGCUGUGCAGAGUGGGGCUCAUGUCAACACCACACAGGGUGAAGACCAUGUCACCAUCGAGCGGGAUUCUCCAAGAAACAAAGAUGAUGUGGAGGAUGACCAAGAGAUGCAUGAGAAAGGGUGUUUGGAAAGGAAAUACGAUAUAGUUUGUGAUUUUUGUAGGAAACACAAAACUAUUCUUCGGUACAUCAUCUGGGGCAUUUUGUUAGCAGGUUACCUGGCGAUGGUGAUUGCAGCCUGCGUGCUGAACUUUCAGAGAGCCCUUCCUCUUUUUGUGAUCACUGUGACUGCCAUCUUCUUUGUUAUCUGGGAUCACCUGACGGCCAGAUAUGAACCUCGAAUUGAUGAGCUUCUAUCUCCUGGCAGGAGGUUUCUGGACAGCCACUGGUUCUGGCUGAAAUGGGUGAUUUGGAGCUCCCUGAUCCUGGCCACUAUCUUCUGGCUGAUCUUGGACACGGCCAAGAGGGGCCAACAGAAUCUAGUGUCCUUCGGGGGACUCAUAAUGUACCUAGUCCUGUUAUUUCUGUUUUCUAAGCACCCAACCAGAGUUUACUGGAGACCUGUCUUUUGGGGAAUUGGCUUGCAGUUUCUUCUUGGACUCUUGAUUUUAAGGACUAAUCCUGGAUUUAUAGCUUUCGAUUGGUUGGGCAGACAAGUUCAGACUUUUCUGGAGUACAGUGAUGCUGGUGCUUCCUUUGUCUUUGGAGAGAAAUACAAAGACCACUUCUUUGCAUUUAAGGUCCUGCCCAUCGUGGUUUUCUUCAGCACCGUGAUGUCCAUGUUGUACCACGUCGGAUUGAUGCAGUGGGUUAUUAGAAAGAUUGGAUGGGUAAUGCUAGUUACUAUGGGAUCAUCUCCUAUUGAAUCUGUAGUUGCUUCUGGCAAUGUGUUUGUUGGACAAGUUCCAUCCUCCCACUUGUUAACGGCUUCUGUUAUGUCAGCACCUGCAUCACUGGCUGCUGCUAAACUCUUUUGGCCUGAGACAGAAAAACCUAAAAUAACCCUCAAGAAUGCCAUGAAAAUGGAAAGUGGUGACUCGAGGAAUCUCCUAGAAGCUGCGACGCAGGGAGCAUCCUCGUCUAUUGUUCUGGUGGCGAACAUCGCUGUGAAUCUGAUUGCCUUCCUGGCCCUGUUGUCUUUUGUGAAUUCUGCCCUGUCCUGGUUUGGAAACAUGUUUGACUACCCGCAGCUGAGUUUUGAGCUGAUGUGCUCCUACAUCUUCAUGCCCCUGUCCUUCAUGAUGGGAGUGGACUGGCAGGAUAGCUUCUUGGUUGCCAAACUCAUAGGUUAUAAGACAUUCUUCAAUGAAUUUGUGGCCUAUGAGCACCUCUCAAAAUUGAUCAAUUUGAGGAAAGAGGCUGGACCCAAAUUUGUGGACGGUGUGCAGCAAUAUAUGUCGAUUCGCUCUGAGAUAAUCGCCACAUAUGCUCUCUGUGGUUUUGCCAAUAUUGGUUCCCUAGGAAUAGUGAUCGGUGGACUCACAUCCUUAGCUCCUUCCAGAAAGCGUGACAUCGCCUCAGGGGCAGUGAGAGCUCUGAUCGCGGGGAGUGCCGCCUGCUUCAUGACAGCCUGCAUUGCAGGUAUACUCUCCAGCACUCCCAUGGACAUCAACUGCCAUCACAUUUUAGAAAUUCCCUUCAACUCCAGUUUACCUAGAAACACAACCAAUGUGAUGUCUUGUUGCCGAAGUCUAUUGAGCAGCACUGUUGUCAAGGGUCCCGGUGAGGUUAUCCCAGGAGGAAACUACAGCCUGUAUUCUUUGAAGGAUUGCUGCAAAUUGCUGAAUCCAUCAACACUUAACUGCAGUUGGAUCCCUACUACAUUUUGA